ACAAGAACUUCAAACAACAUUCAAGUGUCAACAGGACAAUGUGAUAUCUUACAAAAUUCUUAACACAAAGUUCAUAACAGAAGUUCUUCAACCAAAAAUCAGGACUAAACCAGAAUUACAGUAGGAUUAGAUGAACUUUUGGACCAGGAUGAGUCGUAAAGGUCAUGAUGACAAAGCCACCCUCAUCAGAAUGGAGGAGCAACCGGAGACCAGUUAUGGCAGCAUGAACACUGAACCGACAAAUCAGAAUGUGCCAGUGUAUCCCCUGGACCAGAAUGUUUUCAGUGAUGGAAAGACCAAAGUUGAUUUUGUGCUGGUGUGGGAGGAGCCUUUGGGUGAGCAGAAGGAGGAGUCUAACACAGAAAGUGUCACUCACACAAAAUGGAGGGAGGGGUUUCUGAACCAACUCAAGCACAGUGGACUUUUAAUUGAAAAGAGAGAAGUGGGGCAGGUGAAGUCGCGUUUGUUCUUUGUGCUCCUCAGCGCCCCCUGGAAUGUGCUGUGUUACUAUGCAGAGGAGAUUAGCCUUAGGGCACCACUACAGGUAGUGAAUUCAAAGAAUUUGAACUGGUCUGAAAAAAUCAUGCAGAAAUUGUCCAUCCCAAACCUCCUCAGCCAUGACGUCCCCCUCACGCCACCAGACUACUACACCUGUCAGUUCAAAGCCAACAAACUGGACAGGUUCCUGGGCAGCCAUGACACAGACAACUUUUUUAAGCCCACACAGCGCCACCAAGUGCUGUAUGAGAUCCUGUCGCGCACGCCCUACGGGUCAGUGAGGAGAGGGCAGGUGGGCAUUAACCGACUCAUCAAAGACACAGUGUUCAGCGCAGCCUACCCCCUGCACCAGGGCAGUGUGGAGCCCCCUUCUGGGACCCCUCCUCAGCCCCUGGCUCUGCGACAGGUGCUCUUCUCUCACUGGGCAGCCUGGAGCUGCUGGAGGAAGUACCAGCCUCUGGACCACGUUCGGGAGUACUUUGGGGAGAAAAUCGCCCUGUACUUCGCCUGGCUCGGGUUCUACACUGGCUGGCUGUUCCCGGCUGCGGUCAUGGGUCUGCUGGUGUUCCUGGUGGGCUUCUGGCUGAUACAGACGGACGUUCCGGCGAAGGAGGUGUGUGACAGUGGAGGUUCCUUCGUCAUGUGUCCUGUGUGCAAAGUCUGUCCCUUCUGGAACUACUCCAGCAUCUGCUUCACCUACAAGGCAGGUCUUCUUUUUGACAAUGGUGGCACAGUGUUCCUGUCUGUGUUCAUGUCUCUGUGGGCGGUGACGUUCCUGGAGUACUGGAAGAGGACAGGCUCGAUCCUGUCCUUGCGCUGGGACUGCUCUAGCUUCCAGGACAUCGAGGAGCGUCCACGUCCAGAGUUCACAGCCAUGGCUCCAAUGACCAUCAGGAACCCAGUGACAGGAGCCGAAGAGCCCUACUUCCCCAACAGACAGCGCUUGAACCGGACCGUCACCAGCUUUUCCAUCCUCAUCAUCAUGAUUGCUGUCGUGCUGAUAUUUCUUACUGCCAUCAUCUUGUACCGCUCUAUCAUCACUCUGAUCAUCUACCACUCCACCUCGGGGCUCAUCUCCAGCUCUGCUCAGAGGAUUGCCAGUAUCUCUGGUUCAGUCUUGAAUCUUGUGAUGAUCUUGAUUCUGUCCAAAGUGUACACAAUGUUAGCCCAGAUCCUCACACGCUGGGAAAUGCACCGCACUCAGAGUGACUAUGAGGACAUGUUCACCCUCAAAGUCUUCAUCUUCCAAUUUGUCAACUUCUACUCGUCCCCAGUCUACAUUGCCUUCUUUAAGGGCAGGUUUGUUGGAGUCCCUGGAAACUACAACACUCUGUUUGGGGUCCGCAAUGAAGAUUGUGGGGCAGGAGGGUGCCUGAUAGAACUGGCUCAAGAGCUUCUCAUCAUCAUGGUGGGAAAACAGAUCAUCAACAACGUCCAAGAGCUUGUCAUGCCGAAGUUGAAGGCUUGGUGGCAAAGGCGGAGUUUUAGAAAGGGCCAGGAUGAGGAGAAGAAACAGGAAGUGCCACCGUGGGAACAGGACUACCAGCUGCUGGUCUGUGAGGGACUGUUUGACGAAUAUCUGGAGAUGGUGCUGCAGUUUGGCUUCAUCACUGUGUUUGUGGCGGCAUGUCCGCUGGCUCCGUUCUUCGCUCUAGUCAAUAACUGGGUGGAGAUCCGUCUGGAUGCUCAUAAGUUUGUGUCAGAGUACAGGAGGCCCGUGGCAGAGCAGGCCCAGGACAUCGGCAUAUGGUUCCAGAUCUUGCAGCUCAUCACCCACAUCGCUGUAGUCGCCAAUGCCUUCCUCAUUGCCUUCACAUCCUCCUUUUUGCCAAGGGCGUAUUACAGAUUCACCAGAGAUUCCUCACUCCACGGCUUCACAAACUUUACCUUGGCCAAUUCACCCACAGUCUUCACGGCCAUCCAGAACUCCACUUGCAAGUAUCCAGAUAUAAGGGAUGACCACGGGAAGUACAGGCCAGAAUACUUUGAACUGUUGGCUGUCAGACUUGGCUUUGUGAUUGUGUUUGAGCAUGUGGUGUUCACCGUGAGCAGAUUCAUCGACGCACUGAUCCCUGAUGUUCCAGAAGAAGUCCAGAUAAAGGUCAAGAGAGAACGCUACAUGGCCAAAGAGGCUCUAGCUGAGAAUCAGGUCUUUGGGAAAAAUCUGGUUCCACUUUUGACAGAGGAGUCCUUAGUGCAACUCCGAGCCCCUGCCGAUCCAACAAAGUCCUAAGCGCAAAUCUUAUACUAUGGAGCAUUACAUGGAAUUAUCUUAGCCUCUCGA